AUGGUUUUUUCGAUGGAUUCAAAUAUUUGUGAUGAAGAAGUGACUACAUGGAGGAAGUGCAUAGAGCGAAAUUUGGGGGACCACAAGCUGGAAAAGAAAUGCAGCGCUGAGCUUGCAUUGUUUGAUCGAUGCAUUGCAUCAUGGCGCCUAAAUGGCGCCAAGGAAGUAAAAAUUAAGGGCGAGAGUGAGGGUGAACCACCACCACAAUGUGCCGCUUUAUCUUGUCUAAUUGGCACGUGCCUUCGCAACACUGAUUACGACUUUUCCAGAUGCAAGGUACCUAUGCAAUAUUUUAAGCACUGCGUCAAAAGCUUUUACGGAUCGGAGUACGUUGUGUAG